UUCUGCGUGCGCGUUGUUCAAGAAAGUAACUGCAACACAUUUGACAGUAUUUUUUUUUAUUUUUGUCAAAAUGAAAACAAAUUCAGAAAACUUGAAUGUGAUUUUUGUUAAAAUGGUGGAAGCUAAUCCGUGCAUUUGGGACACUAGAUCAGAAACAUACAGAAACAAAAAAAUGGUUAAAGCUGCAUGGGAAGAAAUAUCAAAAGAAAUAAAUGAACCAGGUUGCUGAAAACUGCCCUGAACGCUGGAGAAAAAUUCGAGAUGCUUUAUUUAGAAGUAUUAAAAGGCAUUCAAUUAAAAGAGGCACUAGAAAAAGAAAACCGUACUACCUAACAUCACAUCUACAAUUUAUUCUAGAUUCUUCAAUUCUCUCGACCACAAGCAAAACCGACGAAUCUUACACAGAUGAUAAUAGAGUCACGGAAUAUGAGACUGAAUCAGAAAAUUCUAAACCAGGACCAUUUCUUGACGAAACUAAAACUAAUAGUGUACAGGAUGAUUUCCCAGUCAAUAAUACUAAUUUUGAGUCUAGCUUACAUCAUCAAGUCAAUAAAAUAUCUGCAAACAAAACCAGAACUGAACAACAGCGAACUAAUGCACAUUACUUCGAGGUGACAGAUGAAGUAGAAUCAAUAUUGAGUAAGAGGCGAAGAAUUAUCGAGGAGGAUGAUGAAAAUGAUUCUGAUAUGAAUUUUUUCAAAAGUUUGUUACGUGAUGUACGUAAAAUGAAUGACAAACAAAACAGAAAGUUUCGACUGCGAGUCUUGCAAAUUGUUGAUGAAAUUUUUGACGAUGCAACUGUUGAAGAGUGUCCAGAAUGGAAACAUCCAAUUGAUGGUCACGUACUUUUUAGAAAUCGAAGGCAAAAUUGUGAAUAAAAAAAUUAAACAAAAUAUAAUUA